UUUAAGUUGAUUAAAUCUUGUAUAAAACAAUUUUAACACUAGUUAAUUCUUUUGAAAGAUUUGGUGUUUCAUUGACCACAAGCAGUGGAGAUAAGUGUGAAGGCAGAUCCGCAGAUGCAGUAACAAAUCAACUUGCAGUACAUAAAUGGUAUACAAUGGUCAGAUUAAGUACUCUGAUUUAAUACCAUUAAUCUAAAUACCUUAAAGAAAAACAAAUUGUAUCUUAGAAAGAAAAUAUCUUCUACAGUCAGUGUCUUUAUAAACAGGUCUUUGGUUCUAACCAAAGUACUUUGAAACAGUAACUAAUAACACAAAGCCAUGUUGGAUCCUCUUUCUUCUUCUUCUCAAAUGACUUGCGUUCUAAGGCUUGAUACUCAGACUAGUGGAUGGGACAAAUCUAUGCAUAAGCUUUUUAAAGGCAUUCAUGAUGUAACAUACACAAUCGACGCGACGAGAGGAUUAGCCUAUCUCUCCGGCAAAAUUAGCCCUGAGAUUAUUCUGAGGAUUCGUAAAGCUAAGAAACAUGCUCAAUUAAUCCACAUGGAUUAUGGUCACGUUACUCCUCCUCCUCACGCCAAUUCUCUAAAUCUGCCGCCACCGUGGCCACAAUUAUCGCCGAUGUAUCAAUCGCCGUCGGCGCCACCGUAUAUGAACUACCAACAAUUUCCGUUUACCGAACAACAGCCUCCUGUGACGUAUCCGUAUUAUUAUUAUCCUUAUUACGUACCGGAAAUGUUGUAUUCUCCGCCGCCGCAGAUACCGACGCGAGACGGAGUUACCGGCGAGCCACAGUGUCGGAUUCUUUGAAAGUUUUUCCACAGUUCCGGCGCAGCGUCGGAGUAUUACAAUUGGUUUGGUUAAGUGAUUUUUGUAAGCUUGGCCAAACUUUUUCUUUGUUUCUUUUCUGGUUUUUUUUUUUUUUUUUAAUUAUUAAUUUUUGUCAGUAAUAAAGUUUAAUCACAUCUCAAUUAGCCCCAUUAUUUUAAUGAUAUACUGCGAUCGUGAAUCGUUGAUUGUAUUUUAAGUUAAAGAAUUGAAAUUUUCAAUUAGUAUAUCUUAACUAAAAGGUCAACCGGUCUAUGAAUAUGAGGAAUUAAAAAUUUAUCUUAUUUUUGUUCAAAUUAAAUUUACGUCACUAUUUUUCUUGGUAACAAUGUUUCUUUGACAAAACUUGUUGCAAAUUUGUUAUAUAAAACAAACUGAAAGAGUAAAUAAGUGGGGAUGUAGCUCAGAUGGUAGAGCGCUCGCUUAGCAUGCGAGAGGUACGGGGAUCGAUACCCCGCAUCUCCAUUCUUUAUUUUCGUUUUCCAUUUGAUCUGAAUGUCCAUAUUACCAGAAGAAACACGUCAGAGAAGUCUCUUUUUUGUUUAUCCCUCGACAGUGUAUUUAUUUU